AUGGAACGGGAGGUGGCCCAUGCACACGAGCUCUUGGAUCUGGCCAAAACGCGAAAAUGUCAUGAGGCGAUGUUUUACUUAGGAACAGCGCAGAUUAAAGAACUUCCAUCGUUUUUUGGCCUUCCGGAGGCUACUGGGGGUGUUGGCCGGCGCGAAAUAGCGGCAGUAACCGAACAGAGGCUGAAGACGAGCCCGCAGGCGACACUUGGCGCGACGGGCGAAGCCACUGCGGCCGCAGACUUCGACAGCGAAGGGCCUGCGCGAGCGGCAAGCGGCGUGAACGCCGCGCACGAGGACAGCGCCCGGCAGAUGGCCAAGGGCGCCGGGAAGCAUUUAAGGGACAGCGCCCGGCAGAUGGCCAAGGGCGCCGAGAAGCAUUUAAGGCCGGGCUACUGCGACAGCGCCCGGCAGAUGGCUAAGGGCGCCGGGAAGCAUUUAAGGGAAAGCGCCCGGCAGAUGGCCAAGGGCGCCGGAAAGCAUUUAAGGGACAGCGCACGGCAGAUGGCCAAGGGCGCCGGGAAGCAUUUAAGGGACAGCGCCCGGCAGAUGGCCAAGGGCGCCGAGAAGCAUUUAAGGGACAGCGCCCGGCAGAUGGCCAAGGGCGCCGAGAAGCAUUUAAGGGACAGCGCCCGGCAGAUGGCCAAGGGCGCCGGGAAGCAUUUAAGGGACAGCGCGCGGCAGAUUGCCAAGGGCGCCGGGAAGCAUUUAAGGGAAAGCGCCCGGCAGAUGGCCAAGGGCGCCGGGAAGCAUUUAAGGCCAAAGCUACGGAAGGCUGCCAAAAGCGCCGGCAAGGGCGCUGCGGAGCGUUUGUACGAAAGAGAGGAGCAUCUGCCGGGCCAAGGGCGCUGCGGAGCCUUUGAAGCCAAGGCUACUGCCUCACGUUGCUUUCUGAAGCCAGUAGAAAAUCUCCGGGACAGCGCCUGGCAGAUGGCCAAGGGCGCCGAGAAGCAUUUAAGGACAGCGCCCGGCAGAUGGGCGCCGGGAAGCAUUGAAAGCCAGGCUACUGCCUCACGUUGCUUUCUGAAGCCUGUAGAAAAUUUCAAGGAAAGCGCCCGGCAGAUGGCCAAGGGCGCCGGGAAGCAUUUAAGGAAGCGCCCGGCAGAUGGCGAAAGGCGCGCGGAGGAGCCGGAAGGCGGCCAAAAGCGCCGGCAAAGGGACAGCGCCCGGCAGAUGGCCAAGGGCGCCGAGAAGCAUUUAAGGCCAGGCUACAGCGCCGGAAAAGCAUUUAAGGAGAGAAGCAUCUGCCGGGCCAAGGGCGCUGCAGAGCCUUUGAAGCCAAGCCUGGGCCAAGGCCCGGCACAUGCCUAUACAAGCAAGUCGCACGAAGACCUGACGAAGGAUUCCGAGGUGCGCACCAUGUUGCGAUGUCAUGCUGAGGCGGACGUGCAAGAUGUGCCUUUGCUCUUUUUACGCCAGCCCAGUGGUUUUUCAGUGGCAACGUUGAGAUUAUCAUUGCUGUUUGCCGAGCUGCUGGGUGCUGCAAAGGUUGCGGCGCCGUGUGGGGAAGGUGGAAGGUCAAAUUUUCAUCGUGCCAACAUUGGUGCUGCGCGAGAAUUUCGGAGCAUUCGUGGUCGCACGGAAUGCUAUGCCAAGGGCCCCAUUGUUCGGAUAGCAUGGGCGCGGAUGUUUGUUGCCUGCUUGACCCGAGCAAAGGUUGCGGCACCCUGUCGGGAAGUUUGUAGGUCGAAUUUUCAUCGUGCCAACAUUGGUGCUGCGCGAGAAUUUCGGAGCAUUCGUGGUCGCACGGAAUGCUAUGCCAAGGGCCCCAUUGUUCGGAUAGCAUGGGCGCGGAUGUUUGCGGACGUGCAAGAUGUGCCUUUGCUCUUUUUUACGCUGGGGCCCAGCUUGCAAGAUGGUUGCCUCAUGCGACAGCUUGAGUUUCGGCGGUUGCGGCACCGUGUGGCGAAGGUGGUAGGUCGAAUUUUCAUCGCGCCAACACUGGUGCUGCGCGAGAAUUUCGGAGCAUUCGUGGUCGCAUGGAAUGCUGACUGCUCUGAUCUGCUCCGGCUGGCCAUGAAGAAUCCAUUUGAGCAGGGCUAUGCAAAGCCAACAGCCUUGAAAUUCUGUGUGUUUGCAUGCCGACACCAUGCGAUGGCUGAUAUUCCGAAAAUGCCAAUUGAUGAAGAUUCCGAAAUUGAGGCUGCCUGCUUGACCCGAGCAAAGGUUGCGGCACCCUGUCGGGAAGGUUGUAGGUCGAAUUUUCAUCGCGCCAAAAUUGGUGUUGCGCGAGAAUUUCGGAGCAUUCGUGGUCGCACGGAAUGCUAUGCCAAGGGCCCCAUUGUUCGGAUGGCAUGGGACUGCUCUGAUCUGCUCCGGCUGGCCAUGAAGAAUCCAUUUGAGCAGGGCUAUGCAAAGCCAACAGCCUUCAAGUUCUGUGCGUUUGCAUGCCAAUUUCGGAGCAUUCGUGGUCGCACGGAAUGCUAUGCCAAGGGCCCCAUUGUUCGGAUAACACGGGACUGCUCUGAUCUGCUCCGGCUGGCCAUGAAGGAUCCAUUUGAGCAGGGCUAUGCAAAGCCAACAGCCUUGAAAUUCUGUGUGUUUGCAUGCCGAAUCGUCUUGAACGGACAGCAACACGCCCCAGACAUUCUGCGUUUCAUGUUUGAGCGGGGCAUUCCUUUGUCGAUCUAUUGUGACGUCAGUGCUGCUUGUGGCAUUUACGUUUCCUUUGAGAUCUGA